GGCAGGCAAAUCUUCGACUUGUGCGACAGUUCUCAUACAACUCUUUAGUCUACGGUUCAACAUGGCUCUCAAAGCACUUGUCGGGCAAAAGAUUAUGAAUGAGGUGAUCCGGUACCGGUCAAAGGGAAAGGAUAAAAUAGAAUGGCGAGUUCUUGUGGUCGACCAGUUGUCUAUGCGCAUGGUGUCAGCAUGCUGCAAAAUGCACGACAUCUCUGCAGAAGGCAUCACUUUGGUGGAAGACAUCCACAAGAAGAGGGAGCCACUGUGCACCAUGGACGGCAUCUACCUCAUCACUCCAUCUGAAAAAUCAGUCCAUGCACUCAUCAAUGACUUCUCGGUGGGAAACCGCAUCAUGUACAGGGCUGCCCAUGUCUUCUUCACUGAAGCUUGUCCCGAUGCACGAUUUGACGAAUUAUCUCGUAGUCCUGUAGCUAAAUAUAUCAAAACAUUAAAGGAAAUCAACAUUGCUUUUAUUCCCUAUGAACAACAGGUGUUCUCCCUGGAUUCGCCUGAGACAUUCCAGUGCAUGUACAACCCAGCGCUGGCCCAGACUCGCAAUGCCAACAUGGAGCGCAUCGCCGAGCAGAUCGCCACCCUCUGCGCUACUCUCGGAGAGUACCCCUCAGUACGAUACCGCAGUGACUGGGAACGCAAUGUCGAACUCGCUCAGCUAAUCCAACAGAAGCUUGAUGCAUACAAGGCCGACGAGCCGACCAUGGGCGAAGGGCCAGAGAAGGCUCGCUCUCAACUGCUGGUCAUUGAUCGCGGUUUUGAUUGCGUGUCGCCCCUACUUCAUGAGCUGACUCUUCAGGCCAUGGCUUACGAUCUCUUGCCAAUUGAAAAUGAUGUCUACAAAUAUGACUCGUCUGGAAACAUGAAGGAAGUACUGCUGGAUGAGAACGACGAGCUGUGGGUGGAACUGCGACACCAGCAUAUUGCUGUCGUAUCCACGUCAGUCACCAAGAACUUGAAGAAGUUCACUGAAUCCAAACGCAUGGGCGGAGGAGACAAGCAGUCCAUGCGCGAUCUCUCCCAGAUGAUCAAGAAGAUGCCUCAGUACCAAAAAGAGCUGUCCAAGUACGCCACACAUCUGCGCCUCGCUGAAGACUGCAUGAAGGCCUACCAAGGCUACGUCGACAAACUCUGCAAAGUUGAACAGGAUCUUGCUAUGGGCACAGACGCUGAGGGCGAGAAAAUCAAGGAUCACAUGAGAAGCAUUGUGCCUGUGCUUCUUGAUCAGGCAGUGAUCAACUUCAACAAGAUGCGUAUCAUCGCACUAUACAUCAUGUCCAAGAACGGCAUCUCUGAGGAGAACUUGAACAAACUGGUGACACAUGCGCAACUUGAACCCUCUGACAAGCAGACCUUGCUUAACCUUGCCAACUUGGGACUCAAUGUCGUGGUUGAUGGCAACAGAAAGAAGCAAUAUCAAGUACCCAGGAAGGAGAGGAUCACUGAGCAAACAUACCAAAUGUCAAGGUGGACACCUGUGAUCAAGGAUAUCAUGGAAGACGCGAUUGAAGAUAAGCUGGACCAACGUCACUUCCCAUUCUUGGCUGGUCGCGCCCAAACUUCAGGAUACCAGGCACCCACUAGCGUGCGCUACGGACACUGGCAUAAGGACAAGGCGCAGCAGACUAUUAAGAACGUGCCGCGACUGAUUGUCUUCGUUGUUGGAGGUGUCUGCUUCUCUGAAAUUCGCUGCGCGUACGAGGUGACUGCUGCGCUUAAGAACUGGGAGGUGAUUAUCGGCUCGUCCCACAUACUGACCCCUGACAACUUCCUGUCAGACCUCAGCUCUCUAACCGCCUAAAUCCGGAACGCUUGAGAAGCCGGCUAUUACAUUACAGAAAUUCAUAAAGUGAAUGCCUAACUUGUUUUGAGUUGUCGAAGCUAGCGAAAUGUCUAGGCCCAUUACAUUGAAACACAUCAGUUUAUGUAUGUAUUACAUAAAAUUUGCAGUGUUGCAACACUUCGACUCUUUUAUUGUGAUAUCAGCAUUAUAGUGACUAUGCUCUUGUUUAUGGCAGAACUUAAUUUAUUUUAAGGGCCAAUUUUACUUUAAAACCGCUUCUAAUUACAAGCACUACCAUCUGACACAGACAGAAUGGUUGUUUCUGAAUACAAAUCGUGUGUGUACUAUAACCACUCUAACGUCCGGCCCGCGCGACCGUUUAUCUCUCUAACGUCCAGCCGCGCACGGCAUCUGAACCGCGCGCGACUCGCAAGUUCGUCGUAACAAAAAACCUAUAUAGCUACUGAACCGUAAUGCCUAGAAUAAAGAAAAGAAUACCAAAAAAAAGAUUGAAGAAUACUGAUCAAUCUUAACGAUUUUUUUAAAUCUUUAGUUAAUCUUUAAAAUACAAUAAAACGGGUUAAACAUGAAACACAGAAAAAAAACAGAAUUAUUUCUACCUUUUUAGAAUAUACGGCACAACUAUUGCAUAUUUUAUCAAUAAAAUAUUUUUACAACAAACUAGACUCAUUACCCUUUCUUUUGAUGUAUAUAUGAUUAUAUUCGGUUAACUCUAAGUAUUGUAAUUAAAUCGAAAGAAAACACUACUCGUAAUUUUACACAUCAAAAAACCUGAGGAACACAUUGACAUUAUUAUGGAAUCUUCAAUGAAUUUAGUAUAUUUCUCUUUGAAAAAUGUAUUAUUUUGCUUAUUACGAAAUGUAUUUCGAUAUUUUAUAUACUAUUGUAAUGCAAAGUAUGUAAUAUAUGUAUAAACAAAACUAAAAGUGGCCAACACCAGACCGGCCAUUUUUUUCGAAACAACAAUCGUUUGAAGUUAAAAUUAGACUAGAUUUAUCAGCUAAAACUGUGAUAUUUACACAUCAUCGUAAAGCACAAAUCUUCUAGUUUAUUUUGAUGUAUAACACUUGCAAGAUAAAUUAAACAAAACUGUAGUAUUUACGACAUAAUUGUUGGAACUCACAAAAACACUUCAAAAACGAGUCAACUAACUUUAAAAAUUUAUAUUUUGUUUGUCAAAGCAUAUUACAACGCCAUGUCUUAUUUUUUCGUCGAACAAUUUAUUCAGCUGUAUAGAUAAUCAGUCAAAACUCACCAAACAAGACCGUAUUUUAAACUAGAGGGAGUUAAACAGAACUCGUCACUUUGGAAACUAUAGUAUCCAUGGACGUAUGACGCUCCUUUUUUUGGAUACCGUGCUAUCCAUGGACGUUAGAGUGGAUAAAUAACUUAGUAUAUUUUAAAAUUUAAGAUCAGAGUGCAAAAGUGCUUUAUUAAUAAUUAUGUUUUAUCUUUCAUAUUACGUUUUGUUGUAUAGCAGAAUGAUCAAAAUAUUUAUAUUGUUGACAUUUAUUUAAAAGUAAUUAUAUAAUUAUUGGAAUUAUUAGUUUGUAAGAGUUUUCAAUUGUAUUAUUUUGUUGAUAGGAAUGUUAAACAUUACAUGGCAUGGUUUUGCGUAAUAUUAAUAUCGACUGAUUCAAACAACAUGCUAUUGUUAAACUAUGGUACAUUAAAAUUUCUAUUGAGAUAAUAUUUUGAAAGUGUAGACGUAGUUCUAAAUAUAAAUUGUUUACUAAAUUAUAGUGAGUACAAUGUCUUUUAUCAUGUGUGUGUUUACUAGUUGUAAAAUUCGCUUCCAAAUACCGUUGUGCAGUUUAUUUAAUGCCAAAUGCUAGAAUCUUACAAGUAUUACUGUAGAGAUAAUUUGUGGGAAGAACUCUGUUAUUCAAAAAGUGCACCUUUGAUUACUCUGUUCAGCGCACUACGGUCGAUGGCACACGGGCGCGUCGACUUGAUGUAAUUCACGACACUAGACUUACUCAACUAUUAUACUUAUCUAUGAUAUUAUGCUGCGUGUUUGCUAUUCAUAAUAAGAACCGUUACGUUUACAUUCCAGACUUCCUCUAAUAUAGUCGUUAGACAAUCUUUUACUCUUGAAAUUAUUUAGUAUUUACCUCUUACAUCGUCUGUACUAAGUUAGGUACGUUUAACGUAUUGGUGAUUUACAAUUUUAACCUAAGAUAUCAAGUAGAAUGUUCUAGAUAGGUAUUACGAUCACAAUGUCAUUCAACAUAAUGAAAUAUAGUUCACUGUUGAAAUAAUAUCGAACUUGUAUGUUGGUCUCAUCUUAAUCUGGCCAUUAUAAAAUAUGUAAUCUAUAAAUUUUCAUAAAUUGUGUGUUAUUGAAGGAUUGUGCAAUUAUGUAGGAAGUAUUCGUGUUACUAGCCAGUCAAAUCAUAAAUAUCAGUAUUUAAUUGUUAACAAUUUCAUUAAAUUAUUUAAUCAUUAUUAAAUAA